UGGCGAUGUUUCCAAAGUGGCUACGCGUGCUGCGAACAGAUGGGGACAGCGUCCCCAGACGACCCCUAGGUGGCAGCAGAGACCCAACUCGCCAAUGCCAUCUAGGCUUUGUUCGGGUUUUUUUGAGUUCUGAUGCAGCAAACCUGAUUUCUUGCAUCCCGGGUUGGAGAAAACGGGGAUGAAGUUCCAUUUGGAUGCCCAGGAUGUGAAAACUCAAGAUACCUCUGACAGCGAUUCAGACAGUGGGCAAGGCAGCUGUGAAAUGAGCUUCCGGUCCCAGAUAAGCAAGGGAGUUGCAUCCGUUGACGAAGGAGAUUCAGAUGAAGAGAUCUGCGUGCGUAAGAGAAUCAAAUGCAGGAGGGUGCUUGCUGACAGCAAUAGUGAAGGAGAAGGUGGCAGCCCAGAGAAACUGAAGGUUGCAGCUAGCAAUGUGGAAAGCGCCAAGGAAAAGUAUAAUUGGUUGGGAAACAAAGACAGCGUCCUCUCCUACCAUGCUGGGGUGAACAGCGAUGUCAGCGACACUGAGAACCUGUUGCCACCACUUCAGCUGGGGAUUCCCGAGAGAGAAGACAAGAGCUUGAACAGGAAAGAAAUGAAAGAAAAGAGCAGUUCAAGGAAAAGGAAGAGAAAGGAAGAGAAGAAAAGAAAGACUACAAGGCAAGCAAGAAAGAAAGAAAAGUCACAGGAACAAAAGAAUGGUGAAGACUGUCCUUUUAACGACAGUGGGUGCUUGCUGACGGAUAAAGAGCUCUUUGACAAUGGCCUGGAGGAAGAGGAGGAGGAAGUGGAUGGCUCACCUUUUCAAGUUGGAAAUUUGGAAAUGUCAAUAAAUACUGCAGAGAAAGUGAAAACAAAAAAACGGAAGCUGUUUUUAGAGAGUGAGGAUUACCAACAAUUGACGGAUGAAAGUGAGGGGCUGCUUCUAAAAGAAUCUAGGAAAAGGAAGCUGAAACCAGCCAAGUUAACGAAAGAAGAAAACAGGCAGCUGCAUAGUGAGAGCCAGAGACUUGUUAGAGAAGCCGCAAUGACACUACCUUAUCACCUGCCAGAGGCCAAAAGCGUGCAGGAAUUCUUCAAGCACAAACCUCGGCCUUCUUUCCAAGGAAGUGCAAUGACUUUGCUGAAGUCAAUGAAAACUCAACCCAACUCAUUCCAAGAAGAUAACGUGACAGGGAAUUCCAGUAUCAGCUGCCAUAGCAAUGGGAAAGAACAGCCUCUUCAGCCAGGAAUAUUGGACCAGCCAAAUUCAGGUUUUGCAGGCAGCUCUUCCGCAGAGGAAACGGAGCAUUUGAAAGGAGAUUGCUUGGAAGAAGAUAAGCAGAAUGAAGGUUCCAAAGCAGAAUUUAGCGAGGAUCUAAGUUCCAGGAAAGAAGGAGAGCUUAAUGAAGUCCCUGCUGACUCCAUCAAACCACCAGAGGAGAAACUGGAGGGAAAUAUGGUUGAAGAAAGAGAGGCGCAAUCAUUGGAAUUGCCUGGGGUACCCCAAGAACCCGGUCAAGACUUGGAGCCCCUGGUGGAAAUUCCUGGUGACAAGAUUAAAAAGUCCCGAUUGGAUCGGCUUCGGAAGCUGGGGGUGGAUCUGAGUAUUAAGCCUAAGCUAUGCUCUGGCAUAGAGCCCUUUAUUGACCUUGAUGAGCCUGAACCCAACAGAGAACUGGAAGCUUUGAAAGAACGCUUUGUAAAGCAUGCAUUUCACAUGGCCAAACCAAAAACAGAACAGCGAAUGGUGAGCGUGAACAUUAUUCGUAAAGAAGUGAUGAAUGAUGGCAAAGAGGAGCUGAAAGCGGACGUAGUACCAGUAAUGCUGGCUACAGAGAUGGUACAGGAUGCUGCCCGGACUAAGCCAGGUGAAAAGUUGCAGGCGUUGAAGGCUAAACUGCAGGCAGCUAUGAAACUUCGCAGGAUGGAAGAACGCCAGAAGCGGCAUGCGUUGUUCAAACUGGAUAACGAGGUGAUGGAGGAAGAAGAAGAGGAGGAGGAGGAGAUGUCAGAUGAAUUGGAGGAGGAGGAGGAGGAGGAGGAAGAAGAAGAAGAAGUGAAUCAGGAGAUGGAGGAGGAGCAUGAAGAGCUCGGGGAGAAGGAUGUUGAGGACGAGAAAGAAACAGACAAAGAAUCAGCCGAUGAAGAUGAAGCCGCCAACGUUGGGUUGCCCUGCAGUGUUGUUUCAAAGCCUGCCUCCACGGAGUCAACAUUGCUCCUGUUUAAAGACAAUUCUUCAAAAAUAGGAUGUUUUUUGGCCGGUGAAAAAGUUGAGCUGGAGGAAGCCCUGAGCAAGAGAGCAGAGAAGCAAGAUGAUGAAGAUUCGUUUUUGCUGCCAACCUUGGCAAAGGAGAACAGCCACAAUAGCAGCUUUGAGCUCAUCGGCUCUAUGAUUCCCUCUUAUCAGCCAUGUAAUAAGCAAAUGGGACGUGGAGGCCACUUUUUCUCUGCGGUUGGAGCAGCCCGCUCUCCUUCUCCGGGCUUCUUCAAAACAAGCUUCCUCAGCUCAGCUUCUAAGAGUUCAGGCAAAGCAUCGGAGCCAUCACUACCCAUCGAAGAUUCCCAGGAUCUCUACAAUGUUACACCGGAGGAGAAAAGCCCAGUUCCAACCGGGGGGAGGUUUCAGUUCCAGUUCUCCCUAGAGGAUGACACGCAGAGUCAGUUGCUUGAUGCAGAUGGGUUUUUGAAAGUUGGCCCUCACCGGAACAAAUAUCAGUCCUGCAAGAGCCGUCUGCCUUUGGCCAGCAUGGACGAGAAUGCGAUGGAUGCCAACAUGGGUGAAUUGUUUGAUCUGUAUUCUGGGCAGAACCAACAAUCUCCUAACCCAGGCAGCGGCAAGAAGUCAGACAUGGAGGAAUUGCUCCAUCUUUGCUCAGGGAAAUUUCCAUCUCAGGAUUCUCCUCUUCAGUCAUUGUCGGCCACUUCUAAACUGAAAAAGAAGAGGAGGACCAAAGACCCAGGAGGAGAAGCCCUUUCUCUUUUUUCUAACUCCUUUCCACCUGAGAGGGAGGCAGAAGAUAAAGAGAAAGAAGAGGAAUUUGGGGAGUUCCAGCUUUUAACAGAUGAUCAUCCUUUUGACAGUGAGGAAGAAGAAGAGGAGGAGGAGAGUGAUCAGGAGGAAGAAGGAGGUGAUGGGGUAGAAUAUGAUGAUGAAGAAGAAGAACUGAAGCGAAGGGAAGGAAGGAAGAAUAAAUUCAAUUUAAAAGAUUUCAUGGAAGAUGAGGCUGAGCUGUCGGGCAGUGAAGGGGGAAGUGAAGAUGAAUAUGAUGGUGAGGAACUCAACGAGUACGAAGAAGACGUUCUGGAUGAGAUUCUUCCAGAAGAUGGAGAACUUCAUGAUCAAGUCAAUAAAAUCCAUAUGAAGAUGAUACGCGAUGAUGAUAAACGUCAGUUGCGCUUGUAUCAGGAGAGGUACCUUCUCGAUGGAGACCUUCACAGUGAUGGUCCUGGAAGGAUGAGGAGGUUCCGAUGGAAGAACAUAGAUGAUGCUCCCGAGGGAGAGGAUCUUCCCAAGGAUGCCGACAGUGGGGAUGACAAUGAAAACCACCUUGAAGAGACCGAGGCCAAGUGGAGGAAGGAGCGCUUUGAACGAGAACAGUGGUUUCGAGAACAGUCUACGAAAGGAGGAAAGGAAAAGGAGGAGGAGGAUGUGGAUGUGGAUGAGGAUAGCCAGUUCAUGAGACUGGCCAAAAGGUUCACCCACAAGUCAUUGCAAAAGAAAGCACCCUCUGCAGUAGCUGUUCAGGAAAUUAAAUCACUACCCAGAAAUCCAUUUGAAAAUUUCCAGCCCGGCAGCAAACCACAG